GUCAAUUUUUAUGAUAAUUUCUCAGUUAUUUCGUACCGAGCGAGAAGAAUUUCUUUCAUAAGUAUUUACUGCCAAAAAUUACAACUUAAAACUAAUGGAGGAAUCAACCUUGAACUGCAUAAAUUCGACGACUUUUUCACCAACUCCUCGGGAAGAGGAGUGCUUUUCCAGAGAUCCGAUGCCAUUGAAAAUCAUCCGAAUUUGUGCGUAUUGCAUUGUGAUCUUCGUCUCUUUAGUUGGUAAUCUCUUGAUAAUUGCGGUGACGAGGAGAACAAAAAUGACAAGUAGAAAAUCUAUCCAUUAUCUGAUUGUGAACAUGGCCAUGGCAGACAUAUUUCUAACAGUGUACAUGCCUCGGAUGAUAGCUCUGGCUUAUGUGGGUUACGAAUGGCAGAUUGACAACCUGCCAGGCGAGAUAUUCUGCAAAAUUUCAACACUGCUCAAUCACGCUUGCAUGACUGCAUCGAUUCUCACUGUUGUGGCAAUCAGUUUUGAUCGGUUUUUAGCUGUUAUUUUCCCAUUACGAUCGUCACUCCUCACAAUUCCAAGAACCAAGGUGAUCAUAAUUUUCAUAUGGCUCACGGCUAUUGCAUUUCGAGUACCCAUGGCAUAUUCAGCAAGCCUACACAACUUGAACGGAAAACCAAAUUGUUACAUUGUUCUAGAUGAGACAUUCGGUGAUGGAACCAAAAAAGUCUACUACUUUCUAAAUCUCUUCAGCCUUUUUGUGAUACCAUUCUUUAUCAUUUUGAUUUUAUACACUGCCAUUUUGGUAACUCUAAAGAAACGUAAACCACCACAAGUUGACACUACUCUGAAUAUAAACCCAUGGCAACAGCGUAAAGAGGAAACUACAAGAAGAGUCCUACAACUGGCAACAGCUGUUGUGAUGGCAUUUAUAAUUUGCUGGUUUUUGUACUUCAUUCGUCUUAUCUUGUUCUCCUACAACGUCGAUGUUUCAUGCCAUAUUUUAUUUUUGCACCUUUUUCUCGCCCACUCUAACAGCGCCAUCAAUCCAUGUCUUUACGUGGUAUUCAGUGAGAGCUAUCGACACGGAGUUAAAAAUAUCAUCUCGCAGUAUUUUCCAAAAGUUUGUUGGACAGAAAAUUAUGUUUUACCAUCGUCCGCAGCAGUUGCAAACUCUAGAGCUACAUAUCAAGAAAAAGCCGACGGAAAAUUUCCCCAUCAACGAAAUUGUAAAGGAGAGAGUACCAUGAUCGCAGAUAGGGCAAUGGAGAAUUCCAUUUCUGAUGAAGACGCAGUGUAAAAAAACGCGAUCGACGCCUGGCGCGGGAAAACGCGAGUAACCAGGUCAUGAUCGGUUUUCAUCUUUCAUCAAAACUUUGGCUCAACAUAUAAACGAGAUAAUCUCCGACAAGAAGGGAAGUUUGUCUAUUGUGCAUUAUUCCUCUGUCUUUCAUUAAAAUUACCUGACAGUUCCUUGUUACUAGUUCAUUCCCCUUAUUGGAAAGAAGAACUGUUAGAAUGAAAUGUCUUGCCUAACAAUGCCGACUCUCACCCGUGGCUGAUUGUGAGCUGUGAUUAGCUCGAAAGGAAACCUACGCUUUCAAAUCAACUAAUCAGAUGUAAGGUUCACGCGAAUGCUGACUUGGUCAUGUGCCCCAUUGGCCUUAUGUAUAUCUUUGUUGUCUGCAUGAAUGGCUACCAAUAGCAGUUAAUUUUAUGAAUUGUUACAAAUAGCAGUUCAUUUUACGAUCCUCAAUCAGUCAUAACUGCUUAAUUGCAAUGCGUAGUAUAUGCAUCUCAAUAGUGACCAUAGGAAUUUGUUGUUGCAUAAAACUAGUCACUAAGCAGAGCGGGAAAUGUUUUUCUGAUCAGGUAGAUAGGAAAAGGAUACAAACGUAAUUUCCCCAGAUAUCAUUAAGCAAUAGUUGCAUAAAA